AUGGAUACAGGAGCCAAUGGAGCUCCUCGCGUUCGCUUUGGAAUCCAACGCCUCCCCGACGAAGAAGACGGCUAUGUGACUUACGAGCGUCGCCAGCGCGAUCCAACGCGAAGGAGCAGCACUGGUAGUCUGUCCAUCCACAGCACCGGUGGCACAAGGACAGUGCAGCCCGAAACUGCUCUUCCCAUCACCUAUCGCACGCUUUCCAUUGAGAUUGAUGAAGAGAAACAUCAAAAGCAGAAGGAUGUGAAGAAGGCGAAAGAAAAGGCCGCUGUUGAUUUUGGUGAAUUAGAAUGGCAUACUCUCGAUGUCGACGAAAUCUGUCGUCGCCUCUCCGUUGAUGUUAACCAAGGUCUUGGGGACGAUCAAAUCAAACGUCGCAUUGGUGAAUAUGGCAAGAACAAGAUCACCCCGCCAAAGUCUGGGCUUCUCGGCGACAUCAUGGGCUACUUCUUUGGUGGUUUUGGUAGUAUUCUGGUCGUCGCCGGUAUCCUUGUCUUCAUUGCCUGGAAACCUCUCGGUGAACCAACGCCAGCACCUGCCAAUCUAGCACUUGCUUGUGUUCUGAUUGCUGUUUGGCUCAUCCAAGCUGCCUUCAAUGCAUGGCAAGAUUGGUCUACCAGUAGAGUCAUGGCUUCCAUUGGCACUAUGCUACCUGAUGAUUGUCUUGUCAUUCGCAAUGGUUCUCAGGCCAAAGCUCAUGCUCUCGACUUGGUUCCAGGAGACAUCAUUGUUGUCAAGCAAGGCAACAAGCUACCUGCCGACAUUCGACUCAUAGAGGUUUCGAGCGAUGCUAUGUUCGAUCGCUCCAUACUCACAGGUGAAUCGGAGCCCGUCGUGGCUACAGUCGAGCAUACCGAAGACAACUAUCUCGAAACAUACAACAUUGGACUUCAAGGAACACAUUGCAUUUAUGGAAGUUGCCUAGGAGUAUGCGUUGCAACAGGCGACAAUACAAUUUUUGGUCGUAUCGCAAAGUUGACAUCGGAUCCCAAAACUGGCAUGACGCCGUUGCAGAAGGAGAUACUUCGAUUCGUGGUCAUAAUUGCACUCUUCAUUACAUGUGUUGUAAUUCUUAUCAUUGUUCUCUGGGCUGCAUGGCUGAGGAAAUCUCAUCCAACGUGGAUCAAUGUGCCUUUGUUGAUUGUCAGUUGUGUUUCUGCGGCUGUUGCCUUCAUCCCAGAAGGUCUGCCAAUCGCGCUUACAACCUCUCUUACCAUUGUUGCAAACAUCAUGCGCAAGAACAAGAUUCUCUGCAAGUCUCUCAAGACUGUAGAGACGCUUGGUUCUGUUUCGGUCAUUUGCUCUGACAAGACGGGAACCUUGACUGAGAACAAGAUGAUCGCCACUGACAUUUACGCUGCUGGUGAAGAGUACACGCCUGAGGCGGCCCGCGACUUGAUGGCAGUGUUGCGGUCUGAAAAGGAGGCUGCCAAUUCUUCAAAAAUUUGUAAAGAAGUCAUCAACCAAGUUCGCAUUGUUGGUGGCCUCUGCAACUCCGGGGAGUUUGAUGCGGCUACGAUGAAUCUUCCUAUCGCCGAGAGAAGGAUCAACGGCGACGCUACAGAUCAAGCUGUGCUCCGACUCUCUGAAAGCCUUGGAUCCAUCUCUGAGCUACGUCGUGAAUGGAAGAAGGUGUUCGAGAUUGCUUUCAAUAGCAAGAACAAGUUCAUGAUUCGUCUUGUGACGCCUGCCAAUCAAAAUUCAACAAGCAACAAUACAACACUUUUGAUCAAGGGUGCGCCUGAUAUCAUACUUCCUCGAUGCGAUCUUCUUCUCGAUGACAGGGGUAGGGCGGUACCACUCACAGAAGCUCAACGCAUGCGCAUUGAGACUAUCAAAGACAACUGGUCUCUUCAAGGCAAGCGUAUCAUUCUCCUCGCUAAGAAGCCCACUCUUUUACCCUUCUCCGCCAACCACGAGAAGGAGGUUCUCAUUGCCGCACGUGAAGGCCUCACUUUCGUUGGCCUGAUCGGCAUCGUCGAUCCACCUCGCGCUGAGAUCCCAGAAGUCGUACGUAUUCUUCGUGGAGCCUCGAUCCGAAUAUUCAUGGUGACGGGUGACUUUAAACUCACUGCCCAAGCAAUUGCCGAGGAGUGUGGUAUCAUCUCGAACUCAGCUCUGGUGGAUGAUAUCCGUGCUCUUGAGCGAGACGGCAAGAUUGGAUCUACCAAGCAAGCCAUUGUAUUGAGCGGUCCGGAGCUCAUCACGCUGAACGAGGCCCAGUGGGAUCAACUCUGUCAGUAUCAGGAGAUUGUCUUUGCGAGAACGACACCUGAACAGAAGCUUCGCAUCGUCAAAGAGUUCCAAGCUCGCCAGAAUAUCGUCGGUAUGACAGGAGAUGGCGUCAACGACGCACCGUCCCUCAAAGCAGCCGACAUUGGCAUCGCCAUGGGCAGCGGCUCCGACAUUGCCAUUGAAGCCGCCGACAUGGUCUUGCUCGACUCAUUCGCAGCCAUUGUCCAAGCGGUCAUGUACGGACGGCUGGUCUUCGACAACCUCAAGAAAACCAUCGUCUACCUCCUGCCUGCCGGCAGUUUCUCCGAACUCUGGCCCGUCGUGACCAACGUUGCUUUUGGGAUCCCACAGAUCCUCUCCUCCUUCCUCAUGAUCAUCAUCUGCUGCUUGACAGAUUGCGCGGGCGCCAUCACCCUGGCCUACGAGAAGCCAGAGGCCGAUCUCAUGCUCCGCCCUCCUCGUAACCCGCGCAAGGAUCGCCUGGUCAACACUCGUCUCAUCUUCCACGCCUACUUCUUCGUCGGUCUCCUGCAGUGCUUUCUCUCUUUCACAAUGGCAUUCUGGUACAUGCAGCGCAGAGGCGUGCCGUUUACCGCGCUGUGGUUCAAAUUCGGAGUGUACGACUCGCAGUACGAUGCCGCGUACAUCACUGAAGUGGCAAACGAGGCAUCGAGUGUCUACUUUGUUACGCUGGUGGUCAUGCAACUCUUCAACCUCCUCGCAACACGCACUCGCCGCCUCAGCCUCUUCCAACAACCCCCCCUUUUCAACAAAGCAACACAGAAUUGGACAAUCUUCCCCGCCAUGAUUUUCGCCAUCGCCGUCGCUUUCCUCUUCAAUUAUAUCCCCUCGCUGCAGCGCACCAUCGGCACUAGGCAGAUCUCUGUCGACCAUUGGUUCCUGCCUGCGGCGUUUGGUUUCGGUAUUUUGCUGCUCGAUGAGGGUAGGAAGUAUGCUGUAAGGGCUUGGCCGGGCGGGGUGUUGGCGCCCAUGGCUUGGUGA